AUGAGGUUCGUCAAGGCCCUCAUCUCCGUCGCCCUCGUGGCCGACGCUGCUGUUGCCAGCAGCAACAGCUGGUUCUCCAAGGCCGCUUACAACAAGUGGCAUGAGACUGAGCUUGAGCGUUGGCUCUCUGACCACGACGUCCCCUACCCAACCCCUUCUGACCGCAAGGAUCUCGAGAAGCUUAUCCAGUCUAAUUGGGACGCCUACGCCGUCAACCCCUACAAGAGCUGGGACAACGACAAGUUGCUUGCCCACCUUCAGCAGAAGGGCGUCGACGUUCAGGAUGCUGCCAAGUCAAACAAGGAUUCUCUCGUUGCACAGGUGGCAGCUUCCUGGUACGAGACUGAGGACAAGGCACAGAAUGCCUAUUACAGUGUCAAGGACUGGAUCUUGGACACAUGGACCGACAGUCAGCUCAAGGCCUUCUGUGAUCAUCAUGCCAUUCCUGUUCCCCAGCCCCGCCAGCGGGACACCAUCCUGUCAAAAGCUCGCAGCAAUUAUGAGACUAUUGCUCAGAAGGCCGGCGAGGCUGCCUCGUAUCCUGGUGACUGGCUCUACGAGACUUGGACUGAAUCCGAUCUGAAAGAAUGGCUUGACACCCAUGGCUUCCCGGCCCCCCAGCCCAGCACUCGUGACAAGCUCAUUGCUUCGGUCCGCCGGAACUCCCGCCUGGCGUACCUCAAGUCUCAAGAGCAGCUUGCUAGUGCCACAUCUAGUGCCCAAGCUGCAUACGCGACGCUUACUGACCAGCUGAUCGAUGCUUGGGGCGAGUCUCAAUUGAAGGAGUUCGCCGACAAGAAUGGCAUCCCUGUGCCCCAAGGAACCAAGCUGAACGAGCUCCGCGCGCUUGUCCGCAAGAACCGUGCUGAAAUUCUUGGUGACACCGUCUCCGGCACUGCCGCUUCGGCCUUUGGUGCUGCUACCUCGCAGGCCGGCAACCAGUACGCCAAGGCUACCAACGACGCGUCACUGGCCGUACAAGAGGCUUUCAACACCGCGAUUGACUCUUGGUCGGACACUCGCCUUAAGGGCUACCUUGACGCCCGGGGCGUCCCUGUCCCGCACGCCUCCAAAACUGACGAGCUGCGCGCCUUAGUUCGUAAGAACUACCACAAGGCUUCUACUGGGUUGAGUGCCUGGACAUUCGAUGACUUCUCGAUCGAUAAUCUCAAGGAUUACCUCAAGGCCAAUGGGGACGCUGCGGCCAAGAAGACAGCCGACAAAUCUGGCGCAACUCGUGAUGAACUUGUCAGUGCCGCGCAAUCUGCCUAUGCCUCUGCAUCAUCUGCUGGUGGCUCUACCUACGCAUCCGCCACAAGCUAUCUCACCCAGGCCACGGACACAGCCAGGAAGACAGCGUUCGAUACUUGGAGCGAGAGUGACCUGAAGAACUACCUGGACAGCUAUGGAGUCUCUGUUCCCCAGGGCUCAACCACAAAUGAGCUGCGAGCGCUCGCUCGCAAGCACUCCACUUACUUCCGCUACGGCACAAGUAGUCCAUCCGGAACCGCUUUUGCCAAGCUCAGCGAGACAGUCCAAGCGGCCUGGCAGUGGGUUGUGGGCCAACUCAACACUGGUGCCGACGUCGCGAAGCAGACGGCCGGUGAUGCCAAGGACAAAGUCAAGGAGGAGCUAUAA